AGAUAAGUAGAGUGCUUAUAAUUCUGACACUGAUUAAUUUUUUUCAGAAGUAAAAUUUUGAUUGUAGGACUGCAUUUAUACUACAAUAAAAUUGCUCACAAAUAGUUCAUUGUGGUGGGUGUUUGGAGCGAUUUAAUAGUCUGUUAAGCAGUUGUCACAAUUAUUAUGACAUAAAUUAUCAUAAAAUAUACCAUAAAAAUAUCACACAGGCAGUGACCAGCUGGUUAAAUACAGUUGAGCAUUUAGCAGCUAAAAAUAGUCAGAUUCUUGAUGACUAAAAGAGACUAUUGACUUAUCUCAUGAAUCUCCGUAACUGUUGAUAUUAACACACUCAGUUUAACUGAUGUAGAACAUUAAAUUACAUUGGCAUUUUUUCACAGACGCAGCUGUUCAUGGCAGCACUAGAAGGUCAGAGAGGAGGAGAACGAGGAGUAAGCAGUGAACCAAUAUUUGUUCCCCUUGGCAUAAAUGGAGAUGAAGAGGAAGGAGAAUCACCUGCAAUUUUACUCAGUGUUUUGGCUCAGCAUGGUCAGGUGGGCCUCUGCUUCUAUAACAGUGAGGACUCCACUUUACACUAUAUGAUGGACACGCCUGACAACCAUGAGCUCCACCUGCUGGCCAGAGUUAUCCAGGAGGUUAGUCCCCACAUAAUCAUUACCAGUGCAAAGCAGGAGCGCUGCAUGACCCGCUUCCUGCAUCAACUGGGUUCAAAUCCAGACUACAAUCCAGAGGUGGUUACUUAUCCAUAUGUUGACUUUGGUCUGGAGGUCAGUAAGCAGAGGCUGCUUGCUGCCCAUCUGCCUUUCGUUCCUGCUUCCAUUUCUGAGAGAGACAAAAUGUCGUACCUUUCCUCCUGUAUCUCCUUUGACUCUCCCUUGAUGCUGAGGACUGUGGGCGCUUUGCUCAAAUGUUUGGACAGGAGGAGAGUGGGAGUAGAACUGGAAGACAGCAGUGUUAGAGUUCCUAUCCUUCAGUUCAACACCUACACACUGAGAGGUGUGGUGUAUAUUGAUCAAGACACAUACAGUGUACUGCAAAUCUUCAAGUCAGAGCUUCACCCAUCAGUGUACAAGCUGCAUUCAGGGGAAAAAGAAGGACUCAGUCUUUAUGGUAUAUUGAACCGCUGCAGGUGUAAGUUUGGCUCCAGACUGCUCCGCCAGUGGUUUCUGCGGCCGACACAAGAGCUGGCCGUGCUACACAGGAGACAGGAAGUGAUACGAUUCUUCACGUCUCCUCAGAACUCAGACAUCCAGAGAACCCUGCAGUCCUCGCUACGCAACAUCAAAAACAUACCAACUCUUCUUCACAGGAUGUCCCUCUCUCACACUAAAGUGACCGACUGGCAAAGUCUCUACAAGACGGUGUACAGCGCAGUGUGUAUCCGGGACACAGUGCGACACCUGCCUCAAUCUAUUCAGCUUUUUCAUGAAAUCAGUGAGGGGUUCUCUGAUGACCUCCACCAUAUCACCUCCAUCAUCAGCCGGGUUGUGGACUUUGAAACCAGCAUGACAGAGAACCGAUUCACCAUUAGACCAAAUGUGGACCCGGCAAUAGAUGAGAAGAAGAGGAGGAUGAUGGGAUUGUCGGACUUCCUGACAGACGUUGCGAGAAGAGAGCUGGAACAUCUGGAUCAUCACAUUCCGUCCUGCUGUGUCAUUUACAUCCCUCUGAUUGGAUUCCUGCUCUCCAUUCCUCGCCUGCCCAGCAUGGUGGAGAGAGAGGACUUUGAGAUAGAGGGGCUUGAUUUUAUGUUUCUGUCAGAAGACCGUCUGCACUACCGCAGCCAGAGAACCAAGGAGCUAGACAACCUCUUAGGAGACUUACACUGUGACAUAAGAGAUAUGGAGACAGCCGUAAUGACACAACUGCAGAACACAGUUCUGGAGAGGAGCAGCUCCCUUUACAAGGUUCUAGAUCUCGCUGCCGAGCUCGACUGUCUGAUGGCGAUGAGCAACGCCUCCCAGGAGUACAGCUAUACCUCACCCAAGCUUUCCAGCCACAGGACGGUGGCAAUCACACAGGGCAGACAUCCACUGUUGGAGCUGUGCUCUCCAGUGUUUGUGGCGAACUCCCUCCAGAGCUCAGAGUCACAGGGCAGAGUCAAGAUCAUCACUGGACCCAACUCAUCUGGAAAGAGCAUCUACCUCAAACAAGUGGGUCUGAUUGUGUUCAUGGCUCUGAUUGGUUCAGACGUGCCGGCGAAGGAGGCAGAGAUCGGUUUAGUUGACGGGAUCUUCACCCGCAUGCAGAGCAGAGAGUCUGUGUCUUUGGGCCUCAGCACCUUCAUGAUUGACCUCAACCAGAUGGCCCACGCUCUUAACAGCAGUACUGGCAACUCAUUAGUUCUCAUCGAUGAAUUUGGAAAAGGAACUAACACAGUGGACGGACUGUCCUUGCUGGCCGCAUCGAUCGCUCACUGGCUGAGCAAAGCUCCAGUGGAUGUUCCUCUCAUCUUGUUGGCCACCAACUUCCACAGUUUGCUGCAGCUGGGCCUGCUCCCCUCCUCUACCCUGCUGUCCCUUCUGACUCUAGAGACAGCAGUGGAUGGAGAUGAGUUGGUGUUUCUGUACCAACUAAAAGAAGGAAUCUGUCACUCCAGCUAUGCUGCCAACAUCGCCACACUGGCAGGCCUGCCAGUUAGUCUUGUGCAGAGAGGAGUGGAGGUGUCUGAAUUGUACAGGACAGGGAGGCCCAUUAAACAUAUCGACAAAGCAUCAUCAGAUGAGCAGGCAAGCAGGUGUCAGGCUGUUGUGGAGAAGUUUCUGAAUCUAGACCUGGAGGACAAAGACUUGGAUCUGCACGGCUUCAUGAAAGAGGAGCUCCUGCCCUCUCCUGGAGAGCUGCUGAACCGCAGCUGAACAGUUGUACUUUGUGGUCAGUUUGUUUCUUCGUUCCUCAUUGUUUUCAGAUGUUACUGAGAG